AUGCCUACGCUGGGAUCCUCGUCCACACCUACUUGGUUCGAAUUCGAUAUGCUUCCUCCGCGUGUUCCAUUAGACGCUCUUCCGGCAGAACUCCUGCUGGACAUCUGCAAACUCGUCAGGACACCGAAACGAGUUCCUCAACUUCCAUCACGACACCCGAAAAACAUCGAGACCGUCCGAGAAAUCGACGUUUCUCGAAACACUGCUGCCGCGCAGUCUGAUCUUCUUGCUUUCAGCUUAACAUGCCGGCGUUUGUUGUCCAUCGCCCAGCCACUUCUCUAUGCCCAUCCGGUGACCAUUGGCGAUGAAGCAAAACGGCGUUUCGAACUUCUCUGCACAACACUGCGCAAGUAUCGUGAUCUCGUCCUGUUCGUUAAGAGCAUCCAACUGUCCGCGACUGCAGUCAGUGGUGAUGGGCUGGGUUCGACGGAUGGCGAUGCCGCUCUACUUCCGAAUCUCAAAUCUGUGUACAUGUGGAUUCCGAGCACCUUUGACGAGGACGAGGACGACGAGACAACAGCACGAGAGGCGUUAAAACAGCCAGCAUAUGUACCUUUUCCUUGCCACUCGCUUCUGCUGCGUGGCCAGUAUGACAAGGCUUACAUCGACGUCAGUUCGGGCCUCUUCCUGGACGAGAGUGGCUGGCUGUCCAAAGUACAGACUCUGGACCUGCGGGCUGUUGAUUUCACCUGGAGCAGGGGGACUCUGCCACGCAACCGUCUCGGAAGCCUGCGAACACUUCGGCUGUGGCACUCGGGAAUGCACGUUUUGAACUACAAGUGGUUGCUCCGUUCGAUGGGCCACCCGCCGCUCUCAACCGUGUCGAUCUGCAUCAGCGACAUCACCGAAGAGGAGCACAGGGCAUAUGCCACGGCGCCCCCUGCUGGCACUCCUCUGUACCCCCUUCCGGUCCAUCUUGCCGUGCAGGCCCUUCUUCCAUGGGCAACGACCCUGCGUUGCCUGACCCACGUGGUCACUGGCCACACGCCUUGGCCAGACCGCCAUUGGGACCUGUCGAAGCUCACUGCCUUUGUUGCGCUCGAGUUCCUGUGGCUAGAAUCAGCGUACUUUUACUUCAACCCAAGCAAAGCAGCUCUCACGGACAUCCUCCCACCCAACCUUGUGACGCUGCGUCUGUCCGGCGUGAGUUUGCCCGCAGCAGCACUGGCGCAUCUUCGGGAUGCCAUCGUCGAGGAGGCCAAGUUUCUGGCAUUGGCGCGAGUCACAAUCGACGAACAAGGAUUUGACCUUGCCGAUGCGAACGAAAAGGCAGUCGUGCAAUCUCUUUCGUUGCUGCACGACGCCGGCAUCCGUGUGACGGCAUUGCCGCAGCCGUUGCCCGGGUACGAGGAGCCCGCAGACGAAGACGACGAUUGA